AUGAUACAAAACAACAAUGUUCCAGAAAGCUGUAAGGCGCAAAUGAGAAAUAUUUUGGCAACUUCUUUUGAUAACUUCAAUACAGCAAAUCAAUUACAGAUGGGUAAAUGGAACAACAUCAUGCAAUGUAAUAAGGAAAUUGUGGUCAACGUUAAAGUAAUGUUGCAAAAGAUGUCUAAUGCCUCAUUAUUUUAUGCAUUUCUUGGAAUAUUUAUUACAGUUUGUUUAACCUUCAGCAAAUCAUUAAGAUGUCAUUUAGUGCUAAUGAUUCCAAUUAUAUGCAGUGUUAAAGGCCGUUCAUUUUUAGUAGCAUAUGCAUUGGUAUUAACUGCAACUGGUCCAGGUUUGAUUAUAACAAAAAAUAUUGAAAUUUUAUCAAAAAGUCUUACAUGCGGCCAGGAACAGCUAAAGGAAGCUCUCAAGGAGAUUUUGGAUAUUGUUAAAUCACCAUUAAUUGCUAUUAAAAAUUCUGUUAAAAUUGCACUUGGUGAAUUGGAAAAAGUUUUAAAGAAAAUUGAAUUGGUCUUUAAAGAAAUCGUUAAAUUGCUCAAAGAAAUAUUGAACACCAUUAAACAAGGUUUUAGUUGGCUAACAAGUAGAAGUAUGAUUUGUGAUAAAGAAUUGGGCAAUCCAUUUGAACGUUGUAUUAAAAUAUCAAAUGAUACUAUCAAUGAAUGCGAAAUUGCAAUGGAAUCAAUUAAAUCUGUAUGCCAGGUGGCACAAGUUUUUACUGGACUCUGUUAUUCAUUAAAAUUAUUCGAUGUUUUCUGUCAAUUUCAAGAUUUUAUUAGUGAUACAAUUAUUUUGCAAGUAACUGAAAGAAUGAAGAAGUUUCAGAAUGAUUUGCAUAAUAUUUUUGAUGCAUCCAUAAAAUUUGAUCAUGAUUUUUAUUUUGUUACAAAUCAUUCAAAAAAUUGGUCUGAAAUCGGUAAUGACAUUAAAGAUGACAUUCAUGGUGAAUUAAAAAAUUUCUUUGUGAUAUUUGGUUGGGCAGAAUUUUUAGCUGGUUUUAUGUUUCUAAGAUUGAUCUUUAAGUCAAUGUAUUAUAAACACAAAUAUAUGACAAGUAAUCAAUUUGACAACUACUUCAUAACUAAAGAAUUUGUUGAUAUUGACAAUCAAAGAAAAAGUAUGAGGAAGGAAUUAGCGCUGCCAUUAACAAAGAAGGAGGAAAGGCGUUAUGUGAAGAUCUCCUCAAUGACAUUUGUCAAAAGUGAAAUUUUGAAAAUUGGAAGAUCUGUGAUAUUUUUGAUAAUAACAACAACUCAAAUAUUUUGUACAUGUCUCAUUGAUUAUAGCCUUUACUCUAUUUUAAAUAUGAUGCGGCAAAUUGGUCUUACAGAGGAACCAUUACAGGCUCCAUCAUUUUUUGGAGUGGAAGUCUCUGGUGUUGGUUUUUUAGCUGACAUAUAUAAUGGAGUUAUAAAUUCAUUUGAACCUUUAGCAGCAAAAUACGAAAUGGAUCCAACACCUUGCCUACCUAUUCCUCAACCUUUGAAUUUUAAACGUUAUUACCAAAUAGGUGCUGUACUAAUUGUUUGCUGGAUAUUUUUAUUUAUGGAACCAUACGCUUUAAGAUUUCGCCAGAUAAUAAUGAAGAUUUUUUAUCCAGAACGUGCAAAGGAACGUGCCGUUUGGUUAUAUAAUGAAAUUCUUUUGAAACGAAGUUGUUUCAUUAAAAUAGCAAGACGACAAGCACGAUCUAAAAUUCUUAAAAAUGGUGAAGGAAUGGAAUUUAGUUGCAUGGAUUGGAUAAGAGCUAAAACUAAUCAGUGGUAUAUUUUUCGAAAAAUAUUUGGUGAAGGAAAGAAUUUGUACUGUGUUCUUUGUGCAUCAUUUUUAACAGAUCAAAACGCUGUAAAAUGUGAAACGCCACAAUGUAAAGGAGUUUAUUGUUCUGAAUGUUAUAGAGAAUCUGAGAAUAUUUGUUGUCUUUGUAAAUCUCCUAUUGAAUAUGGUGAUGCAAGUGAUGUUUCAGAAGAACUAGAUUCUGAUGAUCUCGGUGAAAUUAAAUUACAAGAGCUUAAAGUGAAACAAGAUGGAAAUGAAACGAAAAGCAACAAUGAAUAUUUUUAA